UUCCCGCGAAGGUUUGCGAAGGUUUGCGUAAGGUUGAAGGUCCGAUUCUGAGUCGGAGUGCCUGUUACUCAGUAGGUUUGCGAAAAAUUGACGUCGGUCCUCUAGUUCAUCGAAGUACUGAUUUCACCUAGAAGAAAUCUCAUGGUUGCCUCCAAGGCGGCACAAAAGCUGUCCAGUAUCGCUUCAUCAUGGCCUGUUGAUCCAUUUCGUCCGAAUAUCCAACUCAAGAACUUCUUGAUUCACCUCUCUGCGCAUCCAAAACUAACCUCCGAGGCUGUCCAAGCAACACAGCUACUACGGGACAACGCCAUACAGAAGAAGUACGCACUGUCAGCGAAAACACUUCAGCCGGCUUCUAUGCCAAGGCACUACGAACGGCUUGUGGAAGGGUACGAAAGAAGUGCAAGAGGUGCCGGGCGACCUUGGUGGAAAGUUUUCUUUGGAGUAUGGAAAUAACCAUGAAAUAUCGAACCUUUUUGUGACUUGUUCAUUUUCGCUGAACCUGCUGUUCGGCACUUGGUGGAGCGGAAGCCUUGUCAUUCGCUAGAAGCUCAGAGUAUGUAUAGAAGGGGCCUUGCAUGGUAUUUUAAUCUGAGAAUAGACCCCAGGUCUGCACGAAACCCAAGUUGACCAUCUAGUGAUUUCAGUCGUGAUGUCCUC